AUGGUCUUUCUGAUAACACUCUACAGGUUAGUUUUCCAAUACCGUUCUGGUCUAAAAGCCAUAUUAUAUUCAGAAUAUUUGGAGUUUUGUGGUAGCUAUUUUGUUUUUGGGUGCUUUGUUCGGCUCCUUUUCUAUUAGGUUCAUAGCUGAUUGGAUUGGACGAAAGAAUGGAUUGUACAUCUCAAUUUCUGUUGGAGUUCUUUCAGGAGCAAUGGCAAUCACCUCCAAGUUUGUGAGUGUUCUUACAGACUCAAUAAGAUCUCCUCAUCCUUAGAUUCCACUCUUUGAACUAUACAUUGCUUCUCGAGUCGUGAUGGGAUGGUCAGUAGCAGUAAGCUUAGGUCUCUCUGCAUUAUUUCUAUCGGAAGCAAGUCCAAAACAAAAUAGAGGUGCUAUCGGAAUGAUGACUGGAACGUGUGUUCAACUGGGAACUGUCUGUGGAUCUGUGGUUGCUAUGCCGCAGAUAUUCGGAACUGAGGAAUUUUGGUAAGAAGAAACUAAAUAUUUCAAACUGAUAAUGCAAGUCGACAGGUGGCUAAUUUAUGCGACCGAAAUAGGAAUAAUGCUCUUUUUUGGGGCUGCUCUUCCCUUCCUACCGGAAUCUCCUGGAUUUCUAAUUCAACGAGGAGCCAUUGAUGCUGCCACGAAGUCUUUACAGUUUUAUUACAACUGUGAUCAUGUGGAUGCUCAGAAGCAUUUGAACGAAAUCAAAGAAGAGCAAAAAAGUUCAACCAGGUUCGGCUAUCUAUAUGGAUUGCAGCGGAGUACUGUGCUCAAAACUCUUUGGCCCUCUCGGUAGUGUUGGUCAGAAUUUGCGCAAACUUUACGCAAUUUCUACUAGAACUUUUCGUGAAAAAUGGCUUAAGGUUGGCGCUAAAAUUGUGGGGGCCCUUAAAGUUUCCGCAAAUUCUGAAAAAACGCUAUGCAAUUUCAGCGCAAACUUCAGACAGUUUUUGCGCCCCAUUCUCCUCUCUCUCCCUUCUCUAAUCAUUCCACGUUAAAAAUAAAACGUAAAUAAAUAAUAAUAAAUAAUACAAUUCUGACCAACACUGCCGCGCACGCUUGAGAAAUCAUAUCAACAUGAAACGGUUGAGGAGUCGCUACGCAGCUGAUUCUCAGUGUGGGUCAACAAAUUGACAAAUCAAAUACCGCAAAUACUGUAUUAGAAUCUCUAAUAGAAGGGCACCUUAGCAAAAUGAGAUAGAUCAGUUUUAAGUCGAUUUUCGGACGUGUCACACAAUUCUAAAACUUCAAAAAAUUAUUUUUCGUUUGAUUGAAAAAUAGAAGGGCGUGCUCUUCUAAUACAGUAUUUACGGUACUUCAUUUUCGACGAACCCCGUCCCCAUCUAAUACCACAAACGAUUUAUCUGAUGUUCAACCCUUUUGUAGAAAGUUCAAGAUGCUAGACGUUGUCAGGAAGAAGUCACUUCGGGACAAAGCAUUUAUCGGAGUCGUUGUCACUUUUGCGAUGUCUUUCAGUGGAGUCGCAGUAAUCAAUGCAUUUGCGUUUGAAAUUCUUAAAGACACCGGGCUGACAGUUCUCGAAGCGUCUCUUGCUAAUGAUGCGAUUUCAGUAGUGAGCAUGGUAAAGCUUUACUGUGGUCUGGAAAGAGCCGCCACGAAUUUCUAGAUUUCUUCGAUCUUGGCUGCUGUCAUUGUUGACAAAAAUGGCCGGCGUCCACUGCUUCUUAUUGCUUUCACUGCAAUUCUUAUCUGCAAUUUAGUUAUAUUCGGGUUGAUGUAUACUUUCUACAAGUUUGAAGUGAGCUAGACCUGUCCACACGCAUUGCCAAUUUCUUUAUUUCAGUAUCAUGUACUUGGUUUCAUUCUCAUCUGUUUCAUCUGUAUCUUUACGUUCUUCUUCGCUCUCGGACCUGGUCCUCUCUGCUACUUUAUCAAUGCCGAACUGGUCGGACAAGCAGCUCGUAGUGCUGCUCAAAGUUGGGCCAGUGUGAUCCAAAUGCUAUCGUAUGAAUCCGUUGGACCUAACCAACCGAUCCUUGCUUUUCAGACGAUUCAUUUUGGUCACAGCGUUUCUGCCAAUGAAAAAUCAAUUAGGAGAAGCGUAUUCCUACUUGAUUUUAUUCGUGGCGCCUGUUGCAGUGUCUCUAGUCUACUUGUAUUUUUCCCUUCCUGAAACAAAGAACAAAAGUCCAUUCGAAGUUGAAGAAGCGAUUGAGGACCUUCCCAAGUUUCCUCUGUGUGGAAAAAGUCGCAGAGUUUACGAUAGGAGACUGUCUGAACAAAUGGUCUUUACGAGGCAAAUGCAGUUGGUUGAAGACUAUGGAUCUAUAGAAUCUCUUUCUUGUCGUCUAUAG